ACAAAUCGUCGAUGUUUGAUUGCGUCAUCAUAUCGUCGACGCACGAGGAGUGAAGGACCAAAAUUCAUCCAAAAUCAGACUUCAGCCAAGGAUUGAAAAUCAAAGCAUGGGGAAGCAGAAGACAAAGAAGUUUGCUGCAAUGAAAAGAAUGAUCAAUCUCAAAGAUAACAGGAUAAAAGAGAAAGAUCGAGCUAAAGCAAAAGAAAAGAAAAAGAAGGACCCCUCUGAACUUAAGGAACGAGAAGUCACAAAGUAUCCAUCAUGCCUGUUUUUCCAGUACAACACUCAGCUUGGCCCACCGUACCACAUUCUUGUUGACACCAACUUCAUAAAUUUUUCCAUCAAGGCCAAACUGGACAUUGUUCAGUCUAUGAUGGAUUGCCUUUACGCCAAAUGUAUCCCAUACAUCACAGAUUGUGUGAUGGCUGAGAUUGAGAAGCUUGGAUUAAAAUAUAGAGUUGCACUCAGGAUUGCCAAAGAUCCUCGGUUUGAGCGCCUACCCUGCUCACACAAGGGAACAUACGCUGAUGACUGUUUAGUCCAAAGAGUAACACAGCACAAGUGUUACAUCCUGGCUACUGUGGACAGAGAUCUGAAGAGAAGGGUCAGGAAGAUACCUGGAGUCCCCAUCAUGUACAUCUCAAACCACAGGUAUAACAUCGAACGGAUGCCUGAUGACUAUGGUGCUCCAAGGUUUUAAAAUAAAUCCACCUGAGCUAGAUGUGUAAAUAGACUAAAGAUUCCAGUUGAGUUUUUUUUCUGAUUUUUUUUUUCAAUUUCUUUUAUUUUAUUUUAUUUUAUUGGUGUGUAUGAUUAAUAAAGAAAGGUUAAAAACACUUAGUUUUGACAUUAAAUUUGUUUAUUAUCAGGGUGAAUUUGAUUAUGUUUCAUCUCUGCAAAUUAAAUAAUUUUCUCUUUGUAAAAUGUUUUGUUGCAAAUAAAAAAAACAAUUGAAA